AUCUCUCUCUCUCUUUUUUUCUUUUCCUUACUGCAAAGUAAAUAGAAUAUGAAAGUCAAAGUUUUAUCUCGAUCGUCCAAUGAUUACGUGCGUGAACGUGUAGAAGAUAUCCACAAAGUCCAAAGAAAUUACGAUCCUGCUUCACAUCCAUUUGAAAAAGGAAGAGAAUACACAAGAGCAUUGAAUGCAGUAAAACUUGAAAGAAUGUUUGCCAAACCCUUUAUUGCAUCCAUGGAGGGACAUAUCGAUGGUGUCUAUGCCAUGGCAAAGCAUCCUUCAAGACUUAAUUCAAUGAUUUCAGGAAGUGGCGACGGCGAGAUUCGUAUAUGGGAAAUAUCUGAACAAAAAACGACAUGGAGAGUACAAGGACACAGAGGACUUGUGAGUGGUGUAUGUGCUGGAAUUUCAGACGGACAGUUUUUAUCAUGCUCUACAGAUAAGACGAUCAAGAUUUGGGGUGAAGACACAGAGGCGAUCGAGACUUACACAGGGAAACAUGCAUUUACAGGAUUAUCACAUCACCGUUCAGAGGCACUCUUUGCUACCUCUGGAGGAACAGUUGAAGUUUGGGAUGAAAAUCGAUCAGAGCCUAUUCACGACUUUGCCUGGGGAGCAGAUUCAUAUCAGACAGUCAAGUUUAAUAUGGUACAACAAAACAUCUUUGCCUCUUGUGGUACAGAUCGUACGAUUGUCCUGUACGAUUUAAGAUCAAGCAAACCAGUGUCGAAGUUGGUGAUGACGCUGAAAACAAACGCUAUUUGUUGGAACCCCCUGGAAGCAUACAUUUUUAGUACAGCUAGUGAAGACCAUAACGCAUAUACCUUUGAUAUGAGAAACAUGACAUCUGCUACAAAUGUGAUGAAAGAUCAUGUGUCGGCAGUUAUGGAUAUCGACUAUUCACCCACAGGACAAGAGAUUGUAACAGGUUCAUAUGACCGAACCAUUCGUAUAUAUAAUGUUGGGCAAGGACAUAGUCGAGACUGUUACCACACCAAACGAAUGCAAAGAAUCUUUGCAGUUCAGUUCUCUAUGGACAGCAAAUACAUCCUCUCAGGUUCAGACGACGGCAACAUUCGUCUCUGGAAGGCACAUGCUUCUGAAAAAUUGGGUGUUAAUGACUGGCGUGAGAAGAAUAAGCUUGAAUACAGUGCUAAGCUUAAAGAAAGAUAUGGUCACCUGCAAGAAAUUCGUAGAAUUGAUAAACAUAGAAGAACUCCAAAGGAUAUUAAGGUGGCUGAUGCACGAAAGAAGGAAAUGAUUGCAGCUGAAAAGAGAAAGGAAGAACGCAGACGUAAGCACUUGAAGAAGGGAGAAGAAGUUAAGAAUGUCCCCGAAAGACAAAAGAGCAUUGUGGGUGUUGCAAAAUAAUAACCUAUUUGUAUAAAGAUGAUUUUUGUAAUAUAUUUAAAGAAAUGCUGGGUUUUAGACAAGCUUAUUUUACAUUUUGUGUCUCAAUUUUGGGAUUGUAC